ACAAGUCCAGAGGUGGUGGAGUCGUCUGGAAUCUAUGGGAGGAGCUCGUAGAGCAGAGAGGAAAUGAAUCGCUUCAAAGCUGGAGGCAAGGCUAUACGACUUCCGGAGAUGAGGUCAAAGGCAUCAGCCUUGGGUGCCAUAGAGGAACAAGUUGGGGGUGGGACUUCAACACCUCACCCAAGUGGUGAAGCUCGAGUAGAAGUUGGGCCCAGCUUGGAGCCAAGGAAGGGAUCCACCAAGGAAAAAGUUGCAGCUCGAAAGAGGCAAAGAGUGGAGGAGGUGCAACCACUGCGAAUCAAGGCCCCAACUGAGUUCGUACCUCGGCCUCCCCCCAUGCAGAUUGAUCCAUCGCUACGGGAGGUAGAAGUUGUGGCGCCUAGAGGGGGAAGAGCUCCGCUCCCUACCCCAAGCAAGGCCAGGGAUGAGGUGGCCACAAAUGGAGGAUCAGGGCUAGUUCGGCAAGCCCUAGAGAACAAGGAGCUCGGCUAUCAAAAAGAAGCAGCUGAGAAGAACUUCAGUGAACUGACCUCAAAGUUGGAGAAGGUUAGAGAGGAGUUGGCCACUUCCAAGAGGGUUGCUGAGUUAGAAGAGCAGAAGAGGAAGAAGUGUGAGGAGGCACUUACGAGGAGGGAUAACGAGCUGGCUAAGGUUAAGAAGGCGGCCAAGCUGGCGAUCCAUAACUUGGUAGAGCAGCACGUUUCGGACUUCAUCAAGUCUCCUAUAUUUGCCGAGGUGGUGCACCUCUACCAUUUGCCGACUUUGAUAUGAACCCGUGUAGAGCUCCUACCCUCCCAACUAAGUGCUGCAUAUCUUUAAUUGACUUCAGUGGCUUCAUCUCCUCUAUAACUUGAUCUUCUCAAGAUUGACCUCUAUCCCUCUCCUGGAGACCAUGAAUCCCAAGAAUUUGCCUGAUUCAACGCCAAAUACACACUUGGCUGGAUUCAACCUUAUGCUUUGUUUCCUUAGGUUAUUAAAUGUUUCUACCAGGU